UCCACUUGGGGUCAGGGUCCCACUCCAUUUCCUUUCUCGGUUGAUUGGUGUCAACAAAAUCAAACCAAAUCCGGAGAAGAGGCGAAGACGAACGAUGGGGUGGGUGGCGAAUCGGUGGACCGGCGUCGCCGCCGCCAUAUGGAUCCAGUGGAGCUGCGGCGCAUCCUACACCUUCAGCAUCUACUCCUCUGUGCUCAAGUCCACGCAGGGCUACGACCAAUCCACCCUCGACACCGUCUCCGUCUUCAAGGACAUCGGCGCCAACUUCGGCGUCCUCUCCGGCCUCCUCUACUCCGCCGUCACCCCCUACACGCGCCGCCACGACGUCCCCGGCUCCCCCUCCAAGUCCAAAUGGACCUCUCUCGCCGGGCCCUGGGUCGUCCUCGCCGCUGGCGCCAUCCAGUGCUUCGCGGGCUUCAUCUUCAUCUGGGCCGCCGUCGUGGGCCUCAUAAGCCCGCCGCCCGUGCCCGUCAUGUGCUUCUUCGCCUGGCUCGCCUCUAACGGCCAGACCUUCUUGAACACCACCAAUGUCGUUACCGGCUUGCGCAAUUUCCCCGAGUAUAGCGGCACCAUCAUUGGUAUCAUGAAGGGUUUUCUUGGACUGAGUGGAGCUAUCUUGAUCCAAAUCUACCAUACGUUUUUUGAUGGGGACCCAGCAACGUACCUUUUGAUGCUUGCUUUGUUGCCUCCGUUCAUCUGUUUGUUGCUUAUGUUCUUGCUGAGGAUUUAUGAAGUGCAUGGCAGUGAUUACAAGAAGCAUUUGGAUGGUUUUUCUGUGGUUACUGUAAUUAUAGUUGCCUAUCUCAUGUUCAUAAUAGUUUUACAGAACGUGGUUAGUUUUCCUUAUUGGGGACGGAUGUUUGCAUUUGUAAUCCUUAUGGUUCUGUUAGCAUCGCCUUUUGGAAUUGCUUUCAAGGCCCAUUGGGAGGAGUCACGAAAGUUUGCACAAUCCUACACCAUUGAGAGGGGUUCUUCUACAAAUAAGGGUACUAGUUCGUCCAAUUAUUCUCCGCCCGUGGAUGAAGUGGAAUACCAUGAGCUUCCUAGUGAUGAGGGGCAAGUACAAGUGACUUCAGAUGAUGUUUUGCCCCGUGAGGAAGAGAAGAACAUCUUGCAAGCUAUGUGCACGGUUGAUUUUUGGAUGUUGUUUGUGACCAUGAUAUCAGGGUUGGGCUCUGGGCUUGCAACAAUUAAUAAUAUGAGCCAAAUAGGACAAUCCCUUGGUUAUAGUACCAUUGAGAUUAAUAAUAUGGUGUCACUGUGGAGCAUGUGGAACUUCCUUGGUCGUUUUGGAGGUGGUCAUGUAUCGGAUUAUAUCAUGCACAGAAAAGGUUGGCCGAGGCCUCUGUUGAUGGCUGCAACUUUGGGGAUAAUGGUUCUUGGCCAUUUAACUAUAGCUUCUGGUUUCCGUGGAACUUUGUAUGUGGGUCCUGUCCUGGUGGGCAUCUGCUAUGGUGCACAUUGGUCCUUGAUGCCCACAAUCACUUCUGAGAUAUUUGGUGUAAAGCAUAUGGGUACCAUUUUCAACACUGUUGCUGCAGCAAGUCCACUUGGAUCUUAUAUACUUUCCGUGAGAGUUGUUGGAUAUAUUUAUGACAAGCAAGCGGACAAAGCCGAUAAUUCAUGCUUUGGCAACGACUGUUUCAUGUUGUCAUUUUUUAUCCUGGCAGGGGUGGCUUUUAUUGCAUUUUUGGUUGGUUUGGCACUAUACUUCCGGACCCGAAGGUUCUAUAAGCUAGUUGUGAUUAGAAGAUUAAAACAUUAUGCAUGAUGAAGAUUGUCUUUGCCCACAUUUCAACACAAGCAUGCUACUAGUCUGUACGUGGUGAAGUUUUUUAGCAGUGGAAUGUAACAAGGAGGCACAAUUCCAUGAUAAGCAUUCCUUACAAUUUAUGGUUGAUAAACUUGGGAAGGUUGUCAGACAGAAGAGGAAAUCUCAAAGUACAAGCUUUGCAUAUUUAAACAUUCCUUGAAAUUUAUGUAUCACAAAGAAACCAGUAUUGGUUUUUUAGGUUUGUAUUUGUAUCCUUGAGCAAGCUAGUUUGUAAGUGGUUGUUAUUUUUUUAUUUGUUUAUAAGUCAUGCAUCAUGAUGAUUAGUUUGCUCUGUAUUUCAUAUAUUCUUUUGCUGCAAACUUAAGAGGAAUAUACUCUGAAAAAUCGCAAAUUGUGACAGUAAAUGGCAAAAUAAUUAAAUAACGAGGUAUCUCUAUUGAUUUAUACCUUCUCAUUAGGUUGACACUCGACACCAUUGUCCUCGGAGAAUGAGAGGUCUGCCUUAAAAUUAAAAUGCUGCUGGUUACAACCGUCGGCAAUCCCAUUAAACCUGCUGUUCUGAAGUUUGUGAAGCAGUAUUUAGCAUAUGCAGCAUGCAUCUAAUUAUUAUAGGAUUUUGAUCAAAUAAUUUGAAAAAUAAAAUGUUCUUA